AUGAAGGUUAGGUUGACAGUAAACAAGGAUGGAGAUAUAAAUAUUACAAGCUCUACUUUAGAUCAACUUUAUACGCCAGCAUUAUUGGAAAGAUUAUUAGAAGGAGUAAUGAGAUUAGACUUAAUUGAGAAAGAUAAGAUUAUUCCCGGGGUAAUUAGCGUUGAAGAAAUAAAGGCUGCACAAAAA